AUGCCCGGCACGAUAAUCAUCACCGGCGCAAAUGGCUCCCUCGCCACGCCAGCAACCGAGCUCCUCCUCUCCAAGUACCCAGACUACACUCUAAUCCUCACAGGACGCAACCCAGAGACAAUCCGCACUACAAAGGCCGCAAAGAACGUCAGCAUCCGUAAGCUAGACCUCUCCGACUUAUCAGCAGUCCACGAAUUCGCCACGAGCAUCGCGUCCGAGAUCCAAGCCGGAACCCUCCCACCACUAGCGAGCAUAAUCUGCAACGCGUAUUACUGGAACCUACGCUCAGCGCCUGAAACUACAACCGACGGACUCGAGAGGACCUUUCAGAUUAACCACAUCGCGCAUGCCACGCUCGUUCUGCGGCUUCUAGGGCAAUUUGAUCGGGAGGCUGGCGGCCGUGUCGUGCUGUUUAGCAGCGACGCGCACUGGCCUGGAAAGAACGGGCUAGAGAAGAUUCCACCGGCGAUUCCGGACGAUUUGACGGCGCUGGUUGUGCCGGAGCAAGAUGAGAAGGCGGAUGUCAUGGGUCGUGGGUUCCAGCUGUAUGCGAAUUCGAAGCUGGCGAUUGUUAUGUGGAUGUAUGCUUUGAAUCGACAUUUGGAGCCGGACCUCGCCCUCAACAAAAUCACCGCGGUGGCAGUCAAUCCAGGAAAUCUCGCAGACUCUCGAGCCCUUAGAGUCAACACUCCGGUCUUUCUCAAGAUCAUCUCGUUCUUGAUCAUUCGCCCAUUUCUCUUUCUUCUCCGACGGUUCUCAGACCCCACAAUGCGCACUUGCACAGAGGCAGCGGCUGAUAUCGUCGAGUUUGCCACCAACACAGCUAGGCCUGGGGAACGCGGGUACUACACACUUUCCCACAAGGACGAAAGUUCCCCGGACAGUUUGGACCAGGCUAAGCAGGAUGCGCUUUGGAGCAAGACGAUCGAGUGGGCGGGGAUCACGGGCGAGAAUACUGCUCUGAAGAUUGAGCAUUUGUAUGUUGAUAAUAACCCGAAUUAG